AUGGUGACCUUCGACAGCGAUGCCGUGAACAAACUGUGUUCGGCAGAUCAACUGGAGCUCUUGGACUCCAUCGAUCGCCUUCGGCUGCAGGGGAUCAACAAUUAUGUCUCCCUGCCCCAGAUCAUCGUGUGCGGAGACCAGUCUUCCGGCAAGAGCUCGGUUCUAGAAGCCAUCUCGGGCGUCUCAUUCCCCGUCCAGAGCAACCUGUGCACGCGUUUCCCUACCGAACUGGUUCUCCGCAGGGCCCCUCACAUCGGCGCUAGCGUUUCUAUCGUGCCCCAUGAAUCUCGCAGCGACUCGGAACAAGUCGCACUCCGCAGCUUCUCUGAGCGGCUCCCUGGAUUCGACAGCCUCCCAGCCGUGAUCGAGGCAGCCAAGCUUGCGAUGGGCAUCUCGACCCACGGCAAGGCAUUCUCAAAAGAUAUCCUCCGCGUCGAGAUCACGGGUCCGGAUCGGCCUCACCUUACAAUUGUCGACCUUCCAGGGUUGAUUCACGCGGAGACGAAGAACCAGACACUCUCUGAUGUUGAACUCAUCAAGGAGGUUGUCCAGGGUUAUAUGAAAGAGCAGAGAUGCAUCAUCCUUGCUGUUGUCUCUGCGAAGAACGAUUUCAGCAACCAGGUCGUCCUCCAACUUGCUCGGGCUGCAGACCCCACAGGCGAUCGGACUUUAGGCGUCAUAACGAAGCCGGACACCCUGACUGCGGGAGCUGCAAGCGAGGCUCUUUAUGUAUCACUCGCCAAGAACCAGGAAGUUGAAUUUCGGUUGGGUUGGCACGUUCUGAGAAACACCGACUCCGAGAAAGGGACCUGGAGUCUUGCAGAGCGCGACAAUGAGGAGGUUGUGUUCUUUCAAAGCGGCGUUUGGACCCAGUUGCCGCAGUUGUCUUUAGGAAUCGACAAGCUACGCGGCCGACUCAGCAAAGUUCUCCUCAGGCAGAUUGCCUCUGAACUCCCGGGCCUGGUUGAGGAGAUUGAUGGGAAAUUCAGUGCUUGUGAGAGCAAGUUGAUGAGGUUAGGCGCCCCUAGAGCUACCGGUCAUGAACAACGCCUCUACCUCUUCCAUCUCAGCCAGUCUUUCCUCACACUGCUCAAGGCUGCAACCGACGCAAGCUACACCGACCCCUUCUUCGGAAUCUCGAAGGCGGAGCAUGAAUACCAGGGCCAUUUCAGGGCCGUCGUCCAAAACCUGAACCAAGGUUUUGCGUCGACAAUUUCCGUUCGCGGCCACUACUGGGCAAUCGAGGAAGCUGGAGGCGGGCACGAGAGAAUGUCCCGAUCCAACUUCAUCAGCCACAUUGAAGAGCUGAUGAAAAAGACCCGAGGACGAGAACUUCCUGGCACCUUCAACCCAAUGAUUGUUGCUGAACUAUUCGUCGAACAAUCUCGUCCAUGGGAGUUCAUCGUAUCCCGUCACGUCAAAAGUGUGUGGGAUGCAGCUUGCCGAUUCUUGCACAUGGUGGUCGAUCAUGUAGCGGAUGGUUCUGCCUACAGGGCUCUCCAGGAAGAAAUCUUCGACCCAAGCAUGAAGGACAUUUUAAAGUCCAUGACAGAGAAGACCAAAGAGCUCCUAAACCAGCAUCAAAACUUCCAUCCGAUCACCUACAACGACCACUACUUUCUUGACCUUGUCCAAAAGACUCGGCGUGAGCGGGAGUCGACAAAGGAGCCCAAAGAUAUCUUGAAGGAAUUCUUCAAUGUUGCGUCGCUUUCAUCAACCAACAGGCUGAAAGAGUACUAUGACCUAGCCGAACUUGCCGAGGAAUUGACAAAGAAUCGCAAGUUAGAUAUGAGCCAUCACGCUGCGAACGAGGCCCUCGAUUGCCUAGAUGCGUACUAUAAGGUUGCUUUGAAACGCUUCAUCGACGACGUUGCUGUUCAGGUCGUCGAAGGAAAGCUUGUUUCGGCGUUGGAAAACAUCCUAUCGCCCGUCAACGUGUGGCGAAUGUCUGAUGAUCUGGUGUCUCGCAUUGCCGGGGAAUCUGAGGAGAGUCGACUCACUCGAGAGCAGCUGGCUAAACAACUCGGAGUGCUGAAAAGCGGACUUGAGACGUGUAAGAAGUUUGCGAACUUGCGCAUCCGUGGUGGUGAGUAA